AUGCAGCAGCCCGAGGGCGGCGGGAGCUGGCUGGGUGCGCUGCGCUUCGACAACCUGGCUCUGCGCUCGCUGCCCGUAGACGCCUCGGAGGAGAGCGGCCCGCGGACCGUGCCCGGCGCCUGCUUCGCUCGGGUGCGGCCCAGCCCGCUGCAGAACCCGCGGCUCGUGGCCAUGUCGCUGCCGGCGCUGGCGCUGCUGGGUCUGGAGCCCCCCUCGGCCGACCCGGCGGCGGCGGAGGCCGAGGCCGCGCUGUUCUUCAGCGGGAACCGGGUGCCGGCGGGCGCGGAGCCCGCGGCGCACUGCUACUGCGGCCACCAGUUCGGCAGCUUCGCGGGGCAGCUGGGCGACGGCGCCGCCAUGUACCUGGGCGAGGUGCUGGGCCCGCGGGGCGAGCGCUGGGAGAUCCAGCUCAAGGGCGCCGGCAUCACCCCCUUUUCCCGACAGGCUGAUGGUCGGAAGGUCCUGCGGUCGAGCAUUCGGGAGUUCCUGUGCAGCGAGGCCAUGUUUCACCUGGGAAUACCAACAACACGGGCUGGCACCUGCGUCACGUCCGACUCCAGAGUUGUUCGGGACAUCUUUUAUGAUGGGAAUCCAAAAAAUGAAAGGUGUACAGUUGUUUUGAGAAUAGCCUCUACAUUUAUAAGAUUUGGCUCUUUUGAAAUUUUUAAACCCCCUGAUGAAUACACUGGACGCAAGGGUCCCAGCGUUAACCGAAAUGAUAUUCGAAUACAGAUGCUGGAUUAUGUGAUCAGCACUUUCUACCCAGAAAUCCAGGAGGCUUAUUCAGACAACACUAUUCAGAGGAAUGCUGCUUUCUUCAAAGAGAUAACCAAACGGACAGCGAGAUUGGUGGCUGAAUGGCAGUGUGUGGGGUUUUGCCAUGGCGUGCUGAAUACAGAUAACAUGAGUAUAGUUGGACUAACCAUUGACUAUGGCCCUUUUGGGUUCAUGGACAGGUAUGACCCUGAGCAUGUUUGCAAUGGUUCUGAUAAUACAGGGCGCUAUGCUUACAACAAACAGCCAGAGAUUUGCAAGUGGAACCUGGGAAAACUUGCUGAAGCUUUAGUUCCAGAGCUGCCCUUGGAAAUAAGCCAGCUCAUCCUGGAAGAGGAAUAUGAUGCAGAAUUUGAGAAACACUAUUUGCAGAAGAUGAGAAAAAAACUAGGCCUAAUCCAACUGGAAUUAGAAGAAGAUAGUAAGCUGGUGUCUGAACUGCUUGAAACUAUGCAUCUCACAGCUGGAGACUUCACAAAUAUUUUUUACUUGCUGAGUUCAUUCUCAGUAGACAUUGAUCCUUCAAAAUUUGAAGAUUUCUUAGAAGAGCUUGCAAGUCAGUGUGCUUCUGUGGAAGAACUGAAAGUUGUUUUUAAACCACAGAUGGAUCCAAGACAACUGUCAAUGAUGCUGAUGUUGGCUCAGUCUAAUCCUCAGCUGUUUGCAUUAAUUGGAACAAAAGCAAAUAUAAAUAAAGAAUUGGAACGCAUUGAAGAGUUCUCUAAACUGCAGCAGUUAACAGCAGAUGAUUUACUUAGCAGAAAUAAAAGACACUGGAAGGAAUGGCUGGAGAAAUACAGAGUCCGUUUGCAAAAAGAAAUAGAAAGCAUUGGUAAUGCUGAUGCCUGGAAAACUGAGCGUGUGAAGGUCAUGAAUUCAAACAAUCCAAAAUAUAUCUUGAGAAAUUAUAUUGCCCAGAAUGCCAUAGAAGCAGCUGAAAAUGGGGAUUUCUCAGAGGUAAGAAAUGUACUGAAACUUUUAGAACAUCCAUUCCAAGAAGCAGAAGGUUUCCAGGAGGUAAAGGAAGAUGCAGAAGAAGAGGGAGCAACUGCUACAGCAGCCGUUAGGUCUCAAGAGACCAGAAGCAGACAACCUUAUUGCAGCAAACCUCCACUGUGGGCUUCAGAGCUCUGUGUUACGUGAUCUUCAUAACUGCCUUGUUUUGUUUUUUGCUGUGAACUGAAGACUGAUCCUCCUUCAGCAGCGAAGAAUUCAGCAAGGCAAACAAAGUGCUAUUAAGUUAUUGAAACAACACUACAUUUGGAUGCCUCUGCAGCAGUCUUCAGCUGUGCUUAAUUUGAAGCAAUUGUGGAUCAUUGGAACAAACCAGUGCAAAUCAACAGCCUAUACACGUCAGUAAUCUAAAUGUUUAAAUACUCAAAGUCUUUCCUUUAUCCUCACUACAUUGCAAGUAAAAAGUAGUAUUUUAUGUUGAGGCAGGCUGAACUUCAAACAUCCAAAUGGAGUUGUUGUUACAUGAAGACAAAAAUGGCAAGUCAAGAAUAUGA